AUGAUACAGAAGAUUGAAGAAACACGUCAAAACCUGCGUUGGGUAAAAACAAACAGCAUCUUUACCCAGGUGAACGACGAGGUGAAUCUCCUAGUCAUUAUCGUUGACGCAAACCCUAUCUGGUGGGGCAAACAGGCCUUGUUGGGCUCAGAGCUUACGUUAUCAAAAUGCCUGGAUGCGGCCAUGGUGUUGGGAAACUCACAUUUAUUUAUGAACCGUAACAACAAACUUGCUGUGAUAGCCAGUCAUAUACACGAAAGCCGUUUCCUGUUUCCUGGAAAAAACUGGGCAGCCCUCGAUCUCUUCGGAGAAUCCGGGGAGUCAAAUAUUUCUGGUAGCAAAGAUGGAAAAUACGAAGUAUUAGCCACCAUAAAUGAAACCAUUGCAGAGGAGAUAAAGGAACUGAUGUCCAAUACUGAAGUGAAGGGGCAGCAGACAGAAACUUUGCUGGCUGGAUCACUUGCAAAAGCACUGUGCUAACCGCUUUCAAGAUUUCGCUGCCGGCUGUCAUGAAGUCUAAGAAAAAGAAAUUGAAAGUUAUGAUGUAGCUGCAUUAUCGCUUUCUCUCGCUCCUCUGCAUGGAAUCCUGUCUCCCAGAUUGCAACUGGAAAGCUGCAAAAGUGGAGUGCCGGGAAAACCAAAACGCAUUUUCGAAACGAUCAACAAAGGGCUAAACAUUUCCAGCCAGUGCAUAGAUUGUCCAGAACACUGUACUAAAAGUGUUUACAAAACCCGGUUUCUGCCACUGGUUUAAACCCAACACCUGAAAUCAGAGCAAGGAAAUAAACAAAGUUGGUAUGUAAAACCCAUUUCAUGUAUUUGUAGGUUAGAGAAAUCGAACUGGUUUUAAGUCUUGACACCUUAGUUCCAAACAAAUCUCCUUUUAUUUAAGUUAAAAUUGUGGUGGAUUGACAUUUCAGGGCUCCUGGGCUGGUCCCUGCAGAAGCUGCCUUGGGGGAGGGAAAGUUUUUGAUUUAAAAAAAAAAAAGAAUUCAGAUUACAACUAUCGUAAGCAACAUUUUUCACUAGGGUUAAUAGCAGAUCCCUAAAAGAUUUCCGAUUCCCAUUUUUGACAGCCGCAUCUGAGUGUGUAUCAGAUUGUUUUUUAUGUUUUGGCUGGAAUUUAUGUUAACCCAAACCCACAAAGCUUAUUCCAAUGGAAUUCUCCAUAUUUCUUCUUCAUUUUUUGGUGUAAAAAUUGCCUCUUUUAUGGACAGUGAAGGUCUCACACCUUCCGUCUAGACAAAUUUUGCUCAAGGCAGGUCGGUUGAUUUAAAGAGGCAAAAAAUUAAUAUUUCACCUUGGUUUAUACACAAGUAAUUUAGCAUCGUUCGUUCCAUCCUUCAAAUAUUGUGACUACUUUUCUAAUGAACGAAAAUGAAAGAUUUGCUCUCUUAUUUGGAAGGCGUUGCUUACUUCCUAGAAUUAAUUACGUUUGUUUAAUUAAUUGAACUGCCUCUUCAUUCUUAACUGUCGACACAUUGGAUGCUAUUUUUGUUUUAAUGAUCUUUUUUUCACUGCCCCUCAAUAAAAUUACCUAAGAAGAAAGGAA